ACCGUCGCCGGCAUCUCCUCCUCCUCCUCCUCGUCGCUGCUCCCGUUCUGCUCUCUCGUCAUGCCGCACAACAUCCUCGUCACCGGCGGCUGCGGCUACAUUGGGAGCCACACCGUGCUUCAGCUCUUGCUCGGCGGCUUCAGGGCCACCGUCGUCGACAACCUGGACAACUCCUCGGAAAUCGCCAUUCAGCGAGUCAAGGAACUCGCCGGCGAGCACGGCCCUAACCUCGACUUCCACAAGAUGGACCUUCGCGACAGAGCAGCCCUUGAGGAACUAUUCGCCUCGACAAAGUUUGAUGCUGUCAUACACUUUGCUGGAUUGAAAGCAGUCGGUGAAAGUGUACAGAAACCGCUGCUUUAUUAUGAUAACAAUCUUAAUGGGACAAUUACUUUAUUAGAAGUGAUGGCUUCCCAUGGAUGUAAAAAGCUUGUCUUUUCAUCAUCUGCUACAGUUUAUGGUUGGCCCAAGGAGGUCCCAUGCACAGAGGAGUUCCCCCUUUGUGCUACGAAUCCAUAUGGACGAACCAAGCUAUUUAUUGAAGAUAUUUGUCGUGAUAUCUACCGAUCGGACUCUGAGUGGAAGAUCAUACUGCUAAGAUACUUCAAUCCCGUGGGUGCGCAUCCCAGCGGCUACAUUGGUGAGGAUCCUCGUGGUAUUCCAAACAAUCUCAUGCCAUAUGUGCAGCAAGUUGCUGUUGGCAGGCGACCUACCCUGACGGUUUUUGGAAAUGACUAUGCCACAGUAGAUGGUACAGGGGUCCGCGAUUACAUUCAUGUGAUUGACUUAUCAGAUGGACAUAUAGCAGCAUUGAACAAGCUUGAUGAAUCUGGUAUCGGUUGUGAAGUGUACAACUUGGGAACAGGUAAAGGAACGUCAGUUUUGGAGAUGGUUACCGCAUUCGAAAAGGCAUCUGGAAAGGAAAUUCCUCUUGUAAUGGCUGCAAGACGACCUGGCGAUGCAGAAAUUGUGUAUGCUUCAACCGAGAAAGCUGAGCGCGAAUUGAAUUGGAAGGCAAAGUAUGGGAUUGAAGAGAUGUGUCGGGACCAAUGGAACUGGGCCAGCCAAAACCCUUAUGGCUAUGGAUCUCCUGAGACAUCAGAUUGAAAGCUGAGAUUACUCGUAUGACCUGUCUUUUAGGAUUUACUUUGGUUGUCUACCAUAGAAACCUUUGUAGGUUUUGAUUCUUCCCAUUGUAUUCUGCAGGAUUAUUAAUCGAAAAAAGUUGUGUCGUUCCUUUUCACCUACAUCUUGAGUUCAGUUGGCAGUAUAGUC